AUGUCUUUGUCCGUUCAGCUUGAUACGCCGCAUGCCGGCAAGUACGAGCAGCCAAUUGGACUCUUCAUUAACAACGAGUUCGUGAAGCCAGUCGACGGCAAGACCUUCGAGGUCAUCAACCCAACCACCGAGGAGGUCAUCACCUCCGUCUACGAGGCCACAGAGAAGGAUGUCGACAUCGCGGUAGCAGCAGCCCGCAAGGCCUUCGAGGGCCCAUGGAGGAAGGAGACCCCAGAGAACCGUGGCAAACUCCUUGUCAACCUCGCCAACCUCUUCGAGAAGAAUCUCGACCUCCUCGCUGCUGUUGAGUCGCUCGACAACGGCAAGGCCAUCGCCAUGGCCAAGGUCGACAUCAGCAUGUGCGCUGGCUGCCUCCGAUACUACGGUGGCUGGGCCGACAAAAUCGAGGGCAAGGUCAUUGACACCACCCCUGAUACCUUCAACUACAUCCGCAAGGAGCCAAUUGGUGUUUGCGGUCAGAUCAUUCCAUGGAACUUCCCAUUGCUCAUGUGGUCAUGGAAGAUUGGCCCAGCCAUUGCUUGCGGUAACACCGUUGUCUUGAAGACUGCAGAACAGACCCCUCUUGGUGGUCUCGUCGCUGCCAAGCUUAUCAAGGAGGCUGGUUUCCCACCAGGCGUCAUCAACAUCAUCUCCGGUUUCGGUAAAGUCGCUGGUGCGGCUAUCGCCUCCCACAUGGACGUUGACAAGGUUGCUUUCACUGGCUCCACCGUCGUCGGCCGACAGAUUCUCAAGGCUGCCGCUGGCUCCAACUUGAAGAAGGUCACCCUUGAGCUCGGUGGCAAGUCGCCAAACAUCGUCUUUGAGGAUGCUGACAUCGAUAACGCGAUCUCCUGGGUAAACUUCGGCAUCUUUUUCAACCACGGGCAGUGCUGCUGUGCUGGUUCCCGCAUCUACGUGCAAGAGUCUAUUUACGACAAGUUCGUGGAGCGAUUCAAGGAGCGAGCGCAGAAGAACGUUGUUGGCGACCCAUUCGCCAAGGAUACUUUCCAGGGUCCCCAGGUCUCGCAAGUCCAGUUCGACCGCAUUAUGAACUACAUCAAGGCCGGCAAGGACGCUGGUGCCAAGGUCGAGAUCGGCGGCAACCGCAAGGGUGACAAGGGCUACUUCAUUGAGCCAACAAUUUUCUCCAACGUCACAGAGGACAUGCAGAUCGUCAAGGAGGAGAUCUUCGGCCCUGUGUGCUCCAUCUCCAAGUUCAAGACCAAGGAGGAGGCCAUCCGUGUUGGUAAUAGCACCACCUACGGGCUCGCCGCCGCCGUUCACACCAAGAGCCUCAAUACCGCAAUUGAGGUCUCAAAUGCGCUCAAAGCCGGGACUGUGUGGGUGAACACAUAUAACACACUUCAUCACCAGAUGCCAUUCGGUGGAUACAAAGAAUCAGGCAUCGGGCGCGAGCUUGGGGAGGACGCUCUCGCCAACUACACGCAAACCAAGACCGUCUCCAUCCGCCUGGGUGAUGCUCUCUUCGGUUAA